GACGUGUUGCACUUCACUCAUUUGUAUCUGCUCAGUGGUGAAUUUUCAGUCAAGUGUCCAGUGUAUCAAAGCCAAAGGGACUUCACUUGUCACAGAGACUGUCCCAUGUACUGGAGGAAAUGGUUUCCAUCACAACAGAAAAUGUUACUCAGCUGUACAGCAUGACCACUCAGGAGCUCACAGUCAGUACAGAAUAUUUCCACAAUAAUUCAGGAGUGAAUCAGACAGAUCAGUAUGAAUGUCUUAAUGCAGAUGUAUGGAAAUGGCUACUGGAUUUUCAGCCUGGAUUUCUCUGGUUUAUAUUUAUUUUGGGAUCAAUAGAAAAUUUCUUUGUACUCACUGUUCUGUGUUUCCACAAGAGUAGCUGCACAGUGGCAGAAAUUUACCUAGCAAACAUGGCAUUUGCUGACCUAUUGUUGGUCUGUAUUUUACCUUUCUGGGCCAUUAAUAUUUCUAACCAUUUUCAGUGGCCUUUUGGCCUGUUUCUCUGUAAAGUCAUCAACAUAAUGAGUCACAUGAACUUAUAUUCUAGCAUUUAUUUCCUGACACUAGUGAGCAUUGACCGCUACCUGGCCUUGGUGAAAACCAUGUCUCUUGGGCGGAUGAGACGAACCGUCUGUGCCAAAUGGAAUUGUUUUAUAAUUUGGACAUGUGCACUGUUCAUGUGUUCACCUACAAUGGUGUUUCGAAAUUUGCAUUACUUUGAAGAGCUCAACAUCACAGCCUGUGCUCUUCUUUACCCAGCCAGUUACUGGGAGCCCACCAACAACUGCUUGCUGAAUAUUGUGGGGUUUGUGAUCCCACUCUGUGUAAUUACCUAUUGCACUGUGCAAAUCAUCAAAGCCCUACGAAGCAGUGAGCUACGAAAAAUGAAAGUAGUCCAGACAGAGAGGAGAGCCACCAUGCUGAUCCUUGCUGUUCUCCUGGUGUUCAUCAUUUGCUGGCUCCCGUUCCAGAUCACCACAUUCAUGGACACAAUCCGUUACUUCUCACCCACUCUCAAAUGCCUGGCAGAGAUCAACGACAUACUGACCCAGAUAGCCACAUACUGUUCCUUUAGCAACAGCUGCCUGAAUCCAGUCUUGUAUGUGAUUAUUGGGAAAAACUUCCAGAAGAAGGCUGUGGAAUUCUACAGGGGCUUGUUCACAAGGAGGUGCAGAAAAUUGCAGUCUGUGCAAAUGGAAAACUCCCUGGACACUUUAAGAACUUCCAUUUCAAGUGAAUACCCAAGGAAAAAGUCUGUUUUGCCAUUACCCCAAUAGCAUAAUUUUAGGAAAUCCUUAAAGGAAGAAAGGCUUCUAACAUAUCAGUCUCCACUCAUAUCCAUCUGCUACAGGUCCACAGAGUAAACAUGGUAGUGUUCAUUACGUGAGGGAAAACAAUGGUUUGUUCUUAAUGAAAAUUCCAUAGAGACCUGCUUCUAAUGUUAGUGGAUGUUUUUCAUGAUCGGAUCCAAUUUUGUAGCUUACUUACUUACUUACUUAUUUUCAUGGCUGAAUGAAACUUGGCACACAUUAUUGGGAAUGUUUUUCUAAGGUGUACAUAAAAUUCUCUGAACAGAGCCCCAGUACAGAAGCUAUUGUCAGGAUUAUGCAGCUACGUAUGGCUCCCCUAAUAGUGAGUUAAAUAAGAUGUUUGGUCUGGGAGGGGUUUGUAUUUGAGUAAGUUCUCUUAAGUGAAUCCGGUAGGAUGCGUUUUUAGAUGUGUCCAUCCUUUUGGCUUUUAAUUUCUCUUUUCAGUGAUCCAAAACCAUCUGAUUUCUUCAUUGACAAGCAGUGCCUUUUUGCAACUGCUCUGGCUAGUUACAGAUUUACACAAGAAAGUACGUAUGAAAAGUAGCUGAAAAAAUGGUAAAGCAGUAGUGGAAGGGGACCCACACCCAUCUGCAUGAAGUUAGCUGGGAUUUCUUCGUAGAAGAAGAUUCUUUACCCCUUCUGCCUUGGAGUGAAAGCAUUCACUUACACUUUUUGAGUGAGUGAAUGCUAUUUAUAUUCAUGCUUACGCUUCAGCUCAAAGACUCAGGUUUUUAGUACUCACAAAGCAUAAUUAAUCUUAUUCAAUGGAUAUACAAAAGCUCAGCACAACUGGUAUAAUCUCACAAACAGAAGAAACUGAGAAUAUGAAGGAGAGCAUUACCUAACUACAUUAGAAAUCUAACUGAAGAUAACAGGGGUCUUGAAAGCUCAGAGUAUUCAAGAAUGGCCUUUUCAGAUUCUAGUAAUACCUACAUUUUACUUGUAGAGUUAAUCUGUGAGAUUUUAACAUGAGAUUGCUUUUCCCCAAUUGGACGGUAUUUUUGAGAUAAUUUGAUGAUAAACAUAAAACCCUCAUAGUGUACUGAAUUGUCAGUAUGCACUUUAACCUCUAGGAACCUUGAUCAAAACUGAGUGGAAGAUGAAUUAAAUAUGCUGAAAUUAACAGUCUUUGUUCUUUUCAAAGCACUUUAGGUUACAGCUUUUAAAGCUACCAAGGGAAAUGGAGUUUGGUGACAUGAGUAAACUCAGAUGGCAACUACAUGGUCUUUAUCCAUCAGAGUUUGAAUGGAGAAAUAAAGUUCAUUUAAAAUGAGAAAUUUGUAUUAAACCUUCAAAUAACUAAACCACAAAGUAGAAGUGUGCAGAUGUGAUUUAAAGACUAUGGGAGUUAGAUCACUGUAUAUGAUUUAUGUGCAAUUUCCAUGGUUUUUCUUUGACAAUCCUGUCAUAAAUACUUCUAUUUGCUCACCCUUUUUAUUGUCUGAAGCAAUGAGGACAACUAUGAUGAAACACUGAAAGGCUUUCUGUUAUAUCCAGUGUUAUCAUACUGUCUCAUCCAUGAGCGUGCUGUCCAUGCAACCCUUACACAAAAGGAACUCCGUACAGAGGUUACUGAGGCAAAAGAAGGUGUUUGUGAGUAUUUGGUACUGAGAUGUAAAAUAUAAAAAUGUUAUUAUGGUAACAUCACAUUAAUUUAAAUAAUGUAAAUACAUAGGCACUUUUUG